ACUCCUGCCAUUGGUUUAAAUUGAUUAUAUUAAUUUAUAGCUGUCAGAGUUUUGUGUUUGAUGCUUUUCAUUUAUUUAUUUUAAAAUAUUUUAAAGGCUCUUUGUCGUAAUUUCCGCGGAAACAGGAAGGCGGGGCGGGACAUAUCUAGUGGCUCCUCCCCCCUUUUAAAAUAGCCAAUCGCUCAACAGAGGCAACUUCAGCGAGGGGGAGGGACGCCUCAGAUUCUAGACAGCAUUUGAUUGGACAGAAAAUCUGAUGAGCCGCUAAAGUGCAGAUUGAUGUCAUUAACACUGUUGAUCCGUAUCGGUGGUAGAGAUAGAGCGUAAAUUUUGAACGCGUGUAUCUUCUAAAUGUGAAUUUUGUCGUUGUUAUAAAGCGGACUAACUUAUAGAUAACCUUAAGGUGAACAUAUUCGUACUAAAAGCCACAAAACCUGCGUUUUGAUGUCAUGGGGACUUUAAGUGUAUUUCUGGUGGCAGUGUUGUGAAUGACCAACAGGGGGCGUGUGUGUGUCUCUUCUCCCCUCCCAGCGCGGCCCCGCGUCACCGCCGUCACGCGCGCGGAAAUUCAAAAGUUCUUCCUUCAGUUUGAACGAAGCGCGUUCACGAGAAGCGGCCGUGUGUUAGUUCAGUCCUGUCACUGAGUAAGAGGAUGGAAAAGCAGACGGAGAAAACCCCAAAGAGGCAGAGAGACCCGCUGGAGGAGAACACCUCAACUUCUUUUGAGCUUGAGGCGGAAUUAAAGAGAAGGCGCUUGGCUCCAGGAGGAGUGGAGAAUCAUAACCCUGAGCAGCGAGCAGUGAGGUCUCCGGCCCGAUCACGGCGCGUAGAGUCGGAGGUGAAACCGGACACGCCCGCCGUUGCGUCAGUCCGACUAAGAGUUCAGCAACUCGCUCAGAGACGGGAUGGUGGGGCUGCACUGGUCCAGCGCUGUAUGUCAGACCCCGGGACAGAGAGUCCCUCCAGCACUUUACUGCGAGAUGUUUGUCACAUCGGUGAAGGAGAGUUUAGCUCUCGGUUGGAGCGCUUUAAAGCCCUGACCCCAGAGAGCAUCCCCGCCCCGGCCACGCCCAGCACACGCCAGCUCUCCAGCUUUGUCCACAACAUGCAGCAGCAGCUCAACACCGUCAUGACCCCCAGCUCCAAGGAGGCUUCCCGCAUACGCCAGGCUCGAGAGGAUGAGCUGAAGUCACUCAGGGUGCAGCCUCUCACAGAGAACAUGUGGCUCAAGAGGAGCUUCUCCGACCCUUCACUGGCUGAGGACGACUCCAACAUCAAUUUAAAAGAAUCCGAAUGCAGUUUAAACUUCAGUGGAGUGAACGAGAUGACGGGAGACAGUUUCAGUGCCACGUCUACCUUCACUGCGGAGAUACAACCUCCUGCUACAGCACUCUGUCCUUCAGAAUCGCUUCCUCAUGAGGGAAUGAGCACUUCUGCCUUAAUCGACACGAUGUUUGAAGACGUCUUGCAGGCCGCUGACAGAGAAGAGGAAGAAGAGAAAGAGGAGGAAGAGAAAGAGGAGGAGGAAGAGAAAGAGGAGGAAGAGCGAGAGGAGGAGGAAGAGAAAGAGGAGGAAGAGCGAGAGAAUGACAGCCGUGUCUCUGACGGCAGAGAGGAAGCCGACAUGGAGACUGCUGAAACUGAGCCGAGGUCGAGAUCUCCGAAUUCUAUCCUCGGAGGAGAUGAAGAAGCUUGUGACGGAGAACAGAAAGAGUGCGAGAACUGGAACAAAGAAGAGGAAGUAUCUGGAGAGAGAGAGGAGAGCGCAGUGUGUAACGAGGAAGACUUCCUGUCUCUCCCGCCGAGCUGCAUCCUCUCUCCACUCAGCAAGUAUGUGGAGGCCGUCGUCACGCCGAUGAGGUUGACGACCACUGCGCCUCCACCCAUGGUGCUGUGUGACUCUGCAGAGGAAGUGGCCACGCCCCCUGCUCCACCUCUGUACAGUAUUGAUGCGUACCGCUCUCAGAGAAAGAACCCUCCUCCGUCCUCUCAGAGUGUAACUCCUGGAGUUCAGAAACAGUGUGCUGAGAAAUCUCACCUCAAACCAGCCGUCAACACCAAGGAGACUAUAAAGGCUUUCAGUGACGAGGCAUCCGUGCUGCAGACCAUUAUUAACCAGACCAUACAGGCCCUGAGCUGCUGUAGUGAUGAAGAACAUGGCAAAGGAUCUCUGCAGGAGGCAGAAGCUGAGAAGCUCCUGCUCGUUUCCUGUGAGAAGCGUGCGGCCCUGCUGGCCGAGAUCGGGCGACUGAGAGAGGGAGGGGCAGGACGAGAGCCGGACUCCCGCGCUGACCGUCUGCAGCCGUGUAGAGGCACCGUCAGCAUCAACAACAUCCAGCUGCCCCUCAAGGUGGAGUUUUUGUGCUCCGCCCACACAGCUCGUCCUACUCACUACUUUUUCAUCCUGAUCCGUUACGGAGCGUGUAACAUCAUAGCCACGCCGCUGGCUACUGCUGCAGAUGCUGAGAACGGAGACACCAUCACCUUUCCCACCUCCAUCACACUGCAGGACAUCCGCUCUAACUUUGAGAUUGAUGUAGAAGUCUACAGCCUGUCCAACAGCGCAGCUAACAGCAGCAGUGCUAGUGUUCAACAGCACCGCACGUCCACCAGAUCAAAAGCAACACCAAGGAAGCUACUCAGCAGCAUUAAGAAAUCCAACCUGUGUUCCACUUCUGGAUCUUCAUCUGCUCUGGAUCCUCGGCGCUCCAGUAACUUCUCUUUAGUGGGUUCUCACAAGAUCACCCUCUCCUCCCUGGGGCAGAGCAAGUUCCUGCUGGACAAGAUGAAGUUUGAGGGCAAAAUCAGGCGACUCCUGGGAGAUGAGUUUCAGGAAAAGGUGCCCUUCCUGUCUCCCCUGGAGGGUCACAUCUACCUGCGUCUACACAGCGAGAGUCACUCCGACGUACAGCACCAAGGAUUUCUGACCAUGUUUGAGGAUGUGAGUGGAUUUGGAGCGUGGCAGCGCCUCUUCUUUAAGCUAGAAGGAGGUAUUCUCUAUUACUGGUACUACCCCAAUGAGAUGGGCAGCAAGCCAGCAGAGGGCAGCAUCUCUCUGUGUGGCUUUGACAGUGUGAGGCCUGUGGAGAGGGACUCCUGCGCUCGGCCUCACACCUUUGAACUGGUGAACUCUAGGACCCUGCAACAAGACCACAGCCGCACCCUGACCAAGAGCUGGUUCUCAGCAGACACUCGCGAGGAACGAGCGGACUGGAUGGAGAAGCUGAACCAGGUGCUGCUGGACCUCCACACGUGGAGCCGACGAGCUGCUGGAGGAGAGAGCGAUCAAGCCAAUACCUCGUCUAUCACGUCGACGUCACGUGAAAGCAUCCUGUAACACGUUAUUGAUGCACACACUGACACCAGAUACAUCUGUGAAAGCAAACGCGAAGGUAAUGUUCACACAGUGUGAAGGUUAAAACACACUGAGUCUGACAGACCGAGCACAGCUUAGAGCUGUGUGUGUGUGUGUGUGUGUGUGUAAUUAUACAUGUUUUAAACGUCACAGUAUAACAGUAAUAUCAGCACACUGAUUCACACUACAAAGCUCCAGGAUAAUUGACAUUUAUCUGAUAUUCUGGAUGAAAUCAGAUUUUUGUUCUCUCACGUUCUCCCUCUCUCUCUCUCUCUCUCUCUCUCUCUCUUUUGUUCUCUCUCUCUCUCUCUCUCUCUCUCGUUCUCUCUCUCUGAUCAGUCUUGGUGGAGGACCAUUUUCUCAGGUUUAAUGAAGAAGUGUUGAUAAGUACAUUAACGGUAUUGUGGGUCGUUUUCGCACCGUGUAGGUGUUUAUUAUCGGAUUUAUUUUGCGUAAGAUGGGAGACGUCUAAUCUUCUAAUCUUUACUAAAUCCUAUUAUUUCAUGAGAUUAUUCCAAUUCUUUAUUUUAUUUCUUUUCGUAACACAUCGUCACUGAUUACAGAUGGUAUUUAUCAGUGUUUAGAUUGUAUUAUGAGUUUUUUUUUUUCUUCAUACGCCUUAUAUUCUGUACUUAUAGCCCAUGUUCAGGAGACACGCUAACAUGGAGGGAGAGAUGAAGCCAUCACGACACUACAGAUUAAAAGAUUAAUUACAUUAAUGAUGGCUGUGGUGUUUGUGGAUUGUUGAGCUGCGGCUUGUUUUUGGAUUAAAAACUAAAUGAUAUAAAUGAUAUACUGGACUAUUAAUGAUCACGCAGUAUAGACGAGUGUAUUGUUUACUUCUGUUUCCUGUUUCUGUAUGUUAUUUCCUCCUGUCCACUGACUGUAUGUAAUACUCUGCUCCAGCUACUACAGAAUAAAUACGGCUGUGAAGACCUA